AUGGCUCUAAAUCUGGCUACCCUCCUCCCAGAUGAUAACCCAAUCGAGCCUGUCCAUGACUGCCUUGAAACAAUUGAGACUCUCCAAGGCCUCCAGCUGGACCUGACUGAUGUGCCCUGGACAGAGCCUAAUGAAAUGCUGUUCACUGAUGGAAGCAGUUUUGUCUUCAAUGGAAUCAGUUCAGAAUCUGUGGUUGAGGAGGAAAAUUCCUUUUCUGAAAAUCAGCCAUUUCCUUCUCUUAAGAUGGUUUUAGAGUCUUUGCCAGAAGAUGUGGGGUUUAACAUAGAAAUAAAGUGGAUUUGCCAACAAAGGGAUGGAAUGUGGGAUGGUAACUUAUCAACAUAUUUUGACAUGAAUCUGUUUUUAGACAUAAUUUUAAAAACUGUUUUAGAAAACUCUGGGAAGAGGAGAAUAGUGUUUUCUUCAUUUGAUGCAGAUAUUUGUACAAUGGUUCGGCAAAAGCAGAACAAAUAUCCCAUAUUAUUUUUGACUCAAGGAAAAUCUGAUAUCUACCCUGAACUCAUGGACCUCAGAUCUCGGACAACAACUAUUGCAAUGAGCUUUGCACAGUUUGAAAAUCUACUGGGCAUAAAUGCACAUACUGAAGACCUGCUCAGAAACCCAUCCUAUAUUCAAGAGGCGAAAGCUAAGGGACUCGUCAUAUUUUGCUGGGGUGAUGAUAACAAUGAUCCUGAAAACAGAAGAAAAUUGAAGGAAUUUGGAGUUAAUGGUCUAAUUUAUGAUAGGAUAUAUGAUUGGAUGCCUGAACAGCCAAAUAUAUUCCAAGUGGAGCAGUUGGAACGCCUGAAGCAAGAAUUGCCAGAGCUAAAAAGCUGUUUGUGUCCCACUGUUGGCCGCUUCGUUCCCUCAUCUUUGUGUGGCGAGCCCAAUAUCCACGUGGAUGCCAACAUCAUUGAUAAUGUGGAAAAUGCUUAGUUUUUAUUGCACAGAGGUCAUUGGGGGCAUGCUGUGCUAUUCUGGGUAUUCACUUUUCAUCAUUGAGCAUUGUUUAUCUAUGCCUUUUGGGUUUCUCAGUCCAAUAAAGCAAUAAUGGAGUAUUUUACUCUUUCACUACAGUUCUUGCAAGGAUUUCAAGUAUGCUGUUUAAAUCACUUGGCCAGGUAUAAUUACCAGUCAUUCUCUUUACAAUGAGAAAAUUUAUUGGUUGGCAAAUAUAUUAAACUAAAUAUGUAAACCUAUAAUGUUAAAUAAAUGUUUGUUAAAAGCAUAGCACUUUGAAAUUAACUAUAUAAAUAUCUUGUAUUUACACUCCUGAUAGCUGUUCAUUUGAUCAAGUCUGAAAUCUUUAGCACUUAAAGAAAAUAACUGCAUAAUUAUACCUGACCAUGAACAAAAUAAGUACCUCAAAUGCAUGCAUUUGCACUGGUGAUUCCAACUGCGCAAAUCUUUGUGCCAUCUGUGUAUAUAGGUAUUUUGUAUGUGGAUUGACAUGCACAUAAACCAUUUUCAUUCAGUAUGAACCUUGAGGCUGCUGCCAUUUUUCCACUUAACCAAACCAGCCUGGAGGUGAACCUUGAACUGUGUUUCAUAAAUCUUUCAAAAGUUGUUUUACAUAAAUGAUAAAAUUUCAAAAUGCUGCAGGGUAAUUUAAUGUAUAAAAUAUUAGUGAGAGGUAUGUAUCGCAUACUUAGAGUAGAUCACAAUGUAUACAUCUGAUUCAAUGCAUGCUUUAGGAUUUAAGCAUGAUAUUGUACACGUUUACUGUUAAGUCCUUGCAUCUGUGGUGCUAGGUGAGUGUGAGAAGAUGUCAAGGACUGAAAAUACAGUUGCCUCAAAAGCCUGUUCAUAGGGAUUAUUAUUAUAGGCUUAUCUUGUCUCUCACCACCUAUUCCACACUGUUGCUUAUGGGUUUUGUGUAUGUGUAUGUGUUGUACAGUAGUUAAAUCGCCAUGCAGAAAAAUAAAUGUCCUGAAUUCUCA